AUGUCGAACAAUGUGUUUGAAACAGAGGAGGGGAAAGGUGUAGUAAAUGAAGCCAACUCCCUCCAAAGCAUAAAUGGUGCCAAUCAAUUAGAAGACGAAGACCAGCAAUUUGAUGAGCUUUUGAAUGAAUUUCAAAACGAAGCAGAACAAGAUGAUGACAACGAAUUUGAAGAUCAACAACUAGUAUUCGAUCAAUCAGAUGACGAUGAUGACGAUUUCAUAUUUGGUGAUGAAUCUGAAGAAGACGAUUAUGAUGAGAAUUAUAAUUUCAAAGAUGCUUUAAAAAGUGCUGGGAAUUUCCGAGUUAGAAAUCGUCGUGAGAAAUUAUCGACAUCGGCUAAAUCAUAUUAUAAACGAAAAAUGAUGCGAGCAGAUAAUCGAGAAUUAGAUCCAGAAGUUAGACUGAAUCUUUCCAAAGCCAAUGAAGCAUUUGUUAGAAAUGAUAUACAAGUGGCUCAAAAUUUAUAUCUUGAAGUUAUUAAAAAAGAUCCGAAAAAUUUCAGUGCUUAUAAAACAUUAGGAGAAAUCUAUAAACAACAAGGUAAAUUAAAUGAAUGUUGUAAUUAUUGGCUCUUGGCGGCGAAUAUUCAUCCUUGGGAUACACAAUUCUGGGGCAAUGUUGCCGAAUUAUCAGCAGAAUUAGGACAUGUCGAUCAAGCCAUAUACUGCUAUGGAAGAGCUAUAACGUCAGAUGUUAAAAAGAGUGCAAGAUAUAUAUUACAAAGAGCUUUACUUUAUAAAGAAAGAAGGCAAUUCGGUAAAGCUUUAGAUGGGCUUCAAAAAGUUAGAAUCUUAUAUCCAGCAGAUUCAAAUAUUAUUAAACAAUUAGCUAGUGUUUAUGUUGAACAAAAGAGAUUGAAUGAUGCUAUAAAUUUAUACAUGAAAGUUUUGGAUAGUAAUAUCCACCCUGAUCCUGAUAAUAAAACAAGUUAUCCCGCUUUUGGAUGGGCUGAGCUUAAUAUCUUAUUAGAAUUACAUAUACAACAUCAUUCAUGGAGAAUAGGGUUAAAUGUAUUGAAGCUUGCAUCAAGAUGGAUCCAAAAUAGGACUAAUGAAACUUUCUGGGAUGAAAAUGAUGAUGAUGCAGAAUAUGAUAAGGAAAGAAGACCAGCAAUUCUUGCAAAAGUCAAAGAUGCAGGUCUAAGAAGAGAAGCAGAAUCGAAGUUUUUUGAUUUACCUAUUGAUAUUAGAUUUAAAUUGGGUAGUUUGAGGUUAGGGUUAGGACAGAAGGAAGAAGCAAUUCAUCAUUUUGAUUUCUUGCUUGAAGAUGAAGAAGAUAUUGCCGAUUUACAUUUCGAUGCCGGGAAAGCUUUGGAAGAACAUGGAUAUCAUGAAGAAGCGUUAACUUUCUUAACCAGAGCCACAUUAAAUGACGAGUUUAAUGAAAGUCCAGAAUUGAUUAAUUUGUUAGGGAAAUGUUUCUUUGAAGUCGGGGAUUAUUCACAAGCCAAACAGGCAUAUGAAACAUUGUUAGAAAAUGAACCAACUAAUCUUGAUUUCAAAUUAGCAUUGGCUGAAACUCUCUACCAUUUGGGAGAUGAUGAAAAGGCACAAAUAUUAAUCAAGGAAGUACAAACGGCGAAUAAUAUGCUGAAAGAACGGAAAGGGGAUCAAGUUGAAGAUAUUUUCGAAGAAGAUGAAGAAGAAACAAAUAAUCUCUCGUUAAUUAAAACCCAGAUCAGAUUACGACCAAAGUCGGCCAAGUUAACUGAACAAGAAAGACUGGAAAUCGAAAAUCUCGCCACCAGGAAAGUUUUGGAAAAGUUUGGUCGUAUGGAAAGAUUAGAAGAAUCUAUUAAUUCAGGUGAUAAAACUGCCGUUGCCGCUUGGAUGCAACUAGCAGCACCAUUAAUUGAAAUGUUCACCAGUGUCAAGAAUUUCUUUCCUAAGGAUAAAAAUAGAGAAUUCAAGGGGAUUGUCUUAUAUAGAAGAAAGAAGGGGAUGAAUAUUGAUGAAAGAUUAGCAAGAGCGUAUAACUUAUUGGAGGGUAUAACGCAAGAUGAAAACUAUUCCAGACACACAUUGACAGCAAAGACUGAAUAUAGAGGACUUACAUAUGACCAAUGGUUCUAUAUUUUCGCACAAUAUGCAAUCCUAGUUUCUAAAUUUGAAAAGAAUAAUGAAUAUGCCAAUGAAAUUGUCGAUAUUGCAAUGGCAGGAAGUGUUUUUAUCCAAGAUAAGAAAAAAGAAGCAUUUUUGAAGUUGCUAAAGUUGAUGAUUGGAAUAGAGAACGAUGAACACAAUACCACGGUUGUUAGUUAUAUCAGAUAUUUCUUGGUCACCAAUCAGUUUUCACCAUUUGUGUGUAGAUUAUUCUUUUGUUGUUUUUCAUCGGGUGUUUAUCCAUGGGAAACUUUCACCAGUUAUAACCAUCAGAAAUUUUUCUUACGUCAAUUAAAGGCUUAUGAUUCAUGUGCUUUGAAAAAGAAGAUUACUGGUAUGGCAAUGGUAACAGCUGAUGUUAAGAAUGUGAAAUUGACAAAAGAUCAUCCUGAUUUAUUAUAUCUUUAUGCUAAUUUACUUGGUGGUAGUAGAAGUUAUCUGUCUUCAUUAGUAUAUCUUAACAGGGCAUACAAGAGAUACAACCAAGAUCCUAUGAUCUGUUUAGUUAUGGGGUUGUUGCAUGUUCAUCGUGCCAUGCAACGAUUGAGUUCUAAUAGACAUAUUCAAUUACUUCAAGGAAUAAGUUAUAUCCUAGAAUAUCGUGACAUUAGAGCAAAAGGUGCUACAAAAUAUGAAUUACAAGAAAUAGAAUAUAAUUUGGCAAGACUUUUCCAUAUGUUAGGGUUGACAUCACUUGCUGUUCCUCAUUAUGAUAAAGUUUUGGCCAUGCAUGAUGAAUUUAUUGAUGACCCUGAUUAUGACUUACUGUUUGAUGCGGCGUACAAUUUGUCUUUGAUUUAUAAUAUUAGUGGAAACUCACAAUAUGCCAGAGAAUUAACUGAAAGGUAUUUGACUGUAUAA